AAACAUCAGGGACGCAAAGCUUAGUCCAUGGAAUUGCACUGUAAAACCGCCAUUAAGUUAUCAUACAGUAUUGCUUUCAUGAAUGUUAAAAUCCCAUCAGAAACUUCCAUCUUCUACAAACAAUAAACAUCCAUGUAAGGAUUGUUAGAGAUCAGCUGAUUCUGUCAAGUUACAGCUUUUAUACCUAAAAAAUAGAAUUUUUAGAAAUCUGUUGAUUCUCGUUCAUCCAAGUUGAUCCUAUCAAAGUGUUAGAUUUAACAAAGCAUUUACUGAACUAGGUGUAUUAUUUAUUAGGGAAUGUAAAAGUUAUAGACUUUUUGUAAAUGUUUAGAAGUACCUACCUUUUUCAGGGAUUUAAAAAAGGCAAGUCUUCAGCUCUUUGACCAUUUCACAUUGAAGAAAAAGGAUUUUACCAAGACGAUUCUACCAGAUUGAGCUGUUUCAUAUCAGUUUAUUCUGAAAAAAGAACAAAAAAAAAACUGUUAAACCUCUGGUUUUAGUAUGAUGGACAAGCUCAGCCUGUGGAGUGACGACCCAGAAGAGAUUCUCCUGGACCUUGGUUUUGGCUAUGAUGAACCGGAUCUUUCUGGUCGCAUCCCAGCUCGAUUCCUCCACUAUCAGUCUAAGGCAAGAGGAAUAACCCUCCAGGUGUUUCUGGAGGCCCAAAAGAACCGACUGGACUUGGAAAACCCAGAUGUUGGUAAUCGCUUCAGACAGCUUCAAGUCCUGCAGGAGGUGACCACCACGUUUUCUGGUUUGAUAGGGCAUUCUCUUCAAUCACCACUGGACAAGCGACUGCCUCCUGAUGUCCAGGAAAGAAGGAGAAAGAUGGCCAUCCUGUUCAGACGAGCAUCAAAAAAAUCACUUGGCCAGAAACAUCACAUCUCAAGUGGACUGGCUGAAAAUUCCCACCCUUGCUCUGUGUCUGACUCCCCGCAAGACUCCAGCAUCUCAAGGCACACAAAAGUUCCCUUAAUGAGAGUCAAACCUGUGUGUUUAGAGAAUGGAUGUCUGGAUUAUGUGGCAAACAAUCAAAAAGCUGAUAUAAGGGAUCAUUUAUCAACACAAGAUAAAGCAAUUAGACAUCCAUCUCUUGAAGAAAGUUUCCCAAAAGCAGGAAACAAUGCUUUUAGGAGAAAGAGCGGUCCAGAGCAUGUCUGGACACCAAAUGGAGGGACUGAGGUAAGCAGCGAUAACGGGGACCGGAAGAGCUAGAUAAUACCAUUUAGGAAUGUGAACCAAGAUUCAUUUGUGAAUCAAAAUGUGCAUGAAUUAGUCCAGUCUUUUUGGCGGUUAGGCUCUGGGCAGAUGAGGUCUUUAUUCUGGUGGGAUAAGUUUGGAUCAUAGAUGUAAACCCUCCAGAGUCUAAAUGCUGAUGGUGCAGAUGUCAGACAUGGCUCAGAUGGUGAAUAGGGUGGAGGGGGGCUGCCAAAACCAUCUGGAAUGUAGAGAUAAAUGUUGAGAUUGGGAUUGGCUAAGGAAAGAAGGCGGGGAAUUUAGCUAAUGGUUUGGAUUGAUGGCUUAUUCAAUGAGUGCUGUGCAGAGUGACGCAACAACCCAGUUUACCUGGAAGUCCGGUAGAUCUUUGAAUUGAUAUUGAAUUGUGCCAAAGCUUCACAAGGAAGUUGUACAUUUUCUUUUAAAUCAAAGAACUUAUCUUGUGAUGGUUUAAUUAAAUAAUGAUCAAAGUCAACUCUGAGCUGA